UAUCAUUCAUCAUCAUCGUUAUCAUCAUCUUCAUCUCUUCUGUAGUCUGUGUGUGACGGUGAAGAGUAAAAAUGCAUCUCAUCAACUUCUCCCAUUUUGCUCUCUUCUUUACUCUCUUUCUUCUCUUCUCGACUGUUGCUGCUUUUAACAUCACCACAAUCCUAAGCAACUAUUCAGAUUUCGGCAAUUUCAAUGGCCUGCUAUCAAGAACUAAAUUAGCAGACGCCAUUAACAGCCGACGAACCAUCACCGUCCUCGCUGUUGAUAAUGGCAACUUAUCCCCUAUAAAUGGGUUAUCAUCGGACGCGCAGAAAAGGGUCUUGAGCCUGCACGUGAUAUUGGAUUACUAUGAUGCUGCAAAGCUCCAAAACUUAUCAAAGAAAACUGUAAUCCUCACCACUCUUUACCAGUCCAGUGGGCAGGCCAGAGGCAAAGAAGGGUUCUUGAAUGUGACAGAUAUGGGUGGUGAUCAGGUUGCCUUUGGUUCUGCUGUUGCAGGAUCCAGUCUUAAUUCCAAUUUGGUUAAGUCUGUUACCUCCCAACCCUAUAAUAUUUCAGUGCUUCAGGUUAGCUCUCCUAUAAUGCCUGAGUCUGUUACCAAGACUAACACAAGAACAAGUACCCCACAACCAGCCGAGGCACCUGCACCAUCCAAAGCAAAGUCUCCAGCCCCUGACUCAGAUAUGGCUCCUGCACCAGCAGAUGCUGACUCACCUACAGCUGACACACCGUCGAAAUCUCCUACCCCAAAUGCAGAUUCUUCAGCCUCAUCUCCCACCAUGGAUGGUCCAACUGCCGCAGAUGCUCCUGAGGCGGAUUCUCAUUCUGGCGGUGAAUCUGUCAAUGGUGGAACAGGAACUAGCCUUGCUAUGGUUGCGAUGGUUUUGUCAUCAGCCUGGGGUCUAGCCAAUAUGAUCUGAUUCAUCAGGAUAGGAAUUAGGAGUAAUAAGGGAGUAGAAAGAUUAGUUCUUUUUGCACUCACCAACUGAGGCUGUGUUGGUUGCAGUGCCUCUUUGAAUUCAUGUGUUUUUUUGGCGUUUGAGUGAUUAAAUUAUUUCAAUUCAAUCAAUUGUUUGCCUUUAAAACUGUUUAUUUUUG